AUGGAGUUGUUUACUGAUUACAAUAUGAUUGCACAUUGUUGUGAAGUAAAAUCUAAUGGAGACCAAGGGUAUGAGGUUGUUGAGGGCGAAGAUAUACAUAUGGUGCAUCUUGGUAGGAAGAAGUUCACAUGUAGGACAUGGGACUUGACAGGCAUAUCAUGUCCUCAUGCCAUUAAAGCUUACAUUCAUGACAAGCAAGAACCAAAAAAUCAUGUGAAUUGGUGGUAUUCAAAAGAAGCUUACAUGUUGGUGUACAUGCAUAAGAUACAACCUGUUAGAGGUUCUAAAUUUUGGAAAGUUGAUCCUGCUCAUGCUAUGGAGCCACCUAAAAUACAAAAAAUGGUUGGUAGACCAAAGGUUAAGAGAACAGGGGAAAAGAUCGAAUCUAGAAAGAGAGAGGGGGGGGGCCAUAAUCAAAGGAAAUGUCCUUUGACCAAAUCUAUUGGACCUGGGCUACAUGUUGCGCCUUUAAAUGUUGCAGUUGUUGAUACAGAUAGAGAUGAAUCUGAAGAGGAUGAGUAG